CCUCAGGCGGAACAAUGAUUUCGCACAGUCGCAGUCGUGAAUUUUCGCGCGCACGUCCAACAGUGACCUUCCGAAAAUUCCUCCUGCUUUUCCCUCCUUCAGAAUGAAAAUUCAGGUUGAAGAGUGCAAAAUUUAGUUUUCAUCGGUUUACGGACUUUAACCCUCCAAAAGAUGCACAGUCGAAGUAUGAAAAAGACGGACAACAUGUUUUGAAUGCGAAUCCUGCUAACUCCAUUAAAAUCAGUUGAUUAUUUUUUGUGCGUGAGCAUUUAAAGGUGUGCGUAGCUUUGUUGUGUAUCAACUGAAAAUUAAUUUCGCAAUUAAUAUCACACAAAUAUCGACAACGUCUUCUUUUUGAAAAAUAAAAAAAAAUAAAAAAUUAAAUAUGAGAGCCAUUUUCCACUGAGUGUCGGUGCAAUCAGGUCUGUUUCAUUUUAGUUUUUUUAAGUGCCAAUCAAACACGAAAAAACUAUCCUUUACCACUUCUUGAUAACCAUAAUUAUUUGUUGAAUUUUCUUUUCUGAUCCACCUUCCCAUCGAUUUUUGAAAUCGCGCCUGAUGCACAUUUGACGUUUUUCGAAAUCAAGUGAUUUUCCCCCUACCAUUGGCAGUUCAUUUCUUCAUCAUCAAGGAUACGCAAAAUGGGCACGUUCAUUCAAAUUGCUGCAGCCUUAUGCGUGUUACUGAGCUCCACUAGAUGCGAAUUGUUGAAAGCUAUUCCUCAAAGGGAUUUGGAAUGGUGGGAGAGAGGCAUUAUCUACCAAAUAUAUCCAAGAUCUUUCAAAGAUUCCGAUGGCGAUGGAGUUGGUGACCUGAAAGGAAUCGUGGAAAAAGUAGGAUACCUUGCUAAACUUGGGAUUAAAGCCGUGUGGAUCUCGCCCAUCUUCAAAUCCCCUAUGGCAGAUUUUGGCUAUGACAUCGCUGAUUAUAGAGCAAUUGAGCAAAUUUUCGGAACCAUGCAAGAUCUUGAAAAUUUGAAAGACUUGCUCCAUGAAAACGGACUGAAAUUGAUUUUGGAUUUUGUUCCAAAUCAUACGAGCGAUGAACACGAAUGGUUCAAAAAGUCUGUCAGCAGGCAGGAGCCUUACACGGACUAUUACGUUUGGCAGGAUGCUAAAGUGGUUAAUGGUCGAAUGUUUCCACCCAAUAACUGGCUGUCAGAUUUUGGAGGGUCAGCCUGGACUUGGAACGAGGAUCGACAGCAGUACUUCUUACAUCAGUUCCAUCCGAAACAACCCGAUCUGAACUACAGGAACCCACUCGUCGUGCAAGAGAUGAAGGACGUGCUAACUUUUUGGAUGGAUAGAGGAGUAGACGGUUUCCGCAUGGAUGCGGUGAUGACCAUUUUUGAGGAUGAGUUACUCAGAGACAAUCCGAGAUCGAACAAUCCAGACGCACUCCCAACAGACCAGCAGUAUUUGAAUCCUAUCUAUUCGAGGGAUCAACCGGAAACUUAUGACGUCAUAAAAGAAUUCCGGAAACUGUUAGAUGAUUACUCGGCGAAAACUAACACUGUCAGAUUUAUGGCAACGGAGGCUUAUUCCAAUAUAACACAAACAAUGAAGUAUUAUGGAACUGAGGAUGAACCUGGAGCUCAUUUUACUUUCAAUUUUCUAUUUAUCACCUCUCUGAGUCAGCAAUCUAGUGCCCGCGAUUUCAAGAGAAUCAUUGAGCUUUGGUACAGCAAUCUACCAAUUGGGAAGUGGUCCAACUGGGUGAUUGGUAAUCACGACCAACGUCGAGUUGCUUCUCGUUACGGCAUCGAUAUGUUGGACGGACUCCAUAUGAUGCAGAUGGUGCUUCCUGGGACGUCAGUUUCGUAUAUGGGCGACGAAAUAGGAAUGGAAGAUACAUUCAUCCGAUGGGAUCAAACUCUGGACCCCCCUGCCUUGAAUGCUGGCCCUGAGAGGUAUCUAAGAUUCACCAGAGAUCCUGCGCGGACCCCUUUCCAAUGGGGAACAUGCACUAGUGGAGGCUUCUCAAAAAACAAAAAGACCUGGUUACCUGUGAAUCCUCGUUACUGGACGCAUAAUCUUGAGACAGAAAAAAGAAACAAAAGAAGCCACUUCAAAAACUACCAAAAGCUGGUCGCAUUGAAAGAGGCACCGGUUAUUCAGUUCGGAAACUUGAAAGUAUACGCCUUGACAAAAUGGGUCCUCGUUAUUACAAGAUCACUACCGGGACAUCCGACCAUCAUUGUGAUCGCUAACCUUGGCACUGAAUUUGAAAAUACUGCAAAUCUGAGUUCUAUCGCAAAACUUCCAGAAACAAUCAAAUUGAACAUUUGCAGCGUCAACUGCGCUUACGUCCCAGGAAUCAUGCUAUAUACGGAUAAAAUUCAUUUACGACCGAAAGCUGCCAUGGUAUGCUCCACUCAAAGCGGUUCCUCGAGACAAGUCAAUGACAUUUACGCUGACAUUCUGUCUGAUUUCCCGGAAGAGUGAGAUGUAAAAGCGACUUACACCAUGGAAGAGUAGCAAUAUGACUUCGAUUUUUUUUAUUUAAGGAACAUUUUUGUUACUUAGUGAAAUGAAUGGUUUUUUUUUAAUCUACAGAGACGUUACUUUGUCAUCAAUGACAAGUUCAUUUGCCUUUGAAUAAUAAAAAAAAAAAAAUUAUUUAAAUUUAAGAAAAUUUCUUCGUUUAAAAAAAAUGUAUUAAGGAAAAAAACUCUUUGAAUCGAGUCCACUUUUUUACAUUAAGAAAGAGGCCUUUAACCAUUUAUUUCAGUGAAUAAGGUGCUCGCGGAUUUUUACUCUCUACUUACUGAGACCCUGAGCAAGUGAGCAAUCCAUCGUUGGAAAAGGCUUGUAGAAAUUAAAAGCUUAAAAAAAUUACGAUUUUAAUGAUUUUAGGUUCGGAAAUCGCGGUUUUAAUUCCUAUACAACAUCGUAAGUAGAGAAAGAAAUAAGGUUUUUGUUGAGCUGGACCCCCUCCUUUUGUCCCCUCGCAAAAUUUUCAACUGCACCCCCGUUAUGGAUUUUGGAAGGAUCUAGUGUCAUCUCCGUGUUUUGAAACUAAUUUCAACCGUGCACGUUUCAAGAUAUUUUAAAUAUCUUGAAAUUAGUUUUUGAUCAGUUUUAGUAAAUUCUCUGCAUAUUUAUGUUUUUUUCUUCUUUUUUUAAAGUGAAGCUAUAGCUUCAGUAUUUCAGAUAUAUCUGAAAUACAGAACACGUCCUGUGUAAAGUGAUUUAAUGAGAGAAAAUUUUACUGAGAACGUGCUCUGCAGAGUGAGUGAUUUGAAAAAUAUAUUGUAACAUUGAAUUGGGAGCUACGCACUUUGCCAAAUUUUGGAAUUUAGAAACACCAUCAGGUCUGGCCCGGCCGAUAGAUACCUUUUCUUUUUUAUGUCUAAUGGUUUUGCAGCCAUAGCGGCCUUUAAAAGCUGCGAGCUGUAACUUUUCAUUCGAAAAUUCAGUUAAAAUAAUUCAAUUUUGAAUUUCAUGCAUGUCUGUACUGACAUAAGUAUGUAUGAUCUAGAUUUGUUCCUUACUUUUAUUUUAUUUUAUUCAUUAAAGUAAUAGUACUCUUGAAUCACUUUAUUUUACUUUAAAAAACUGCA